AUGGCCACAGAAGAUGAAGAAGAAGCAAUAGCACAGCGUAUAACACGAAUUACAGAUAUUGUUCAGGAACGGCUUGAGUAUAUCGCACCCAUUGGUGGCUAUGAAGAAAUGCUACUUGUUCCACUUGAAGAAGCUGUUGAACCGCUUGUUCCUAUUCUACCAGCUGUUCAAAGUCAUGCAUAUGUUGCCAAACAGCGAUGUAAGAAUCCUGCCGAUGGAUUGACACAAGAUGAAUCAGCGUCAAUUAUGUUGUACACAAUGGGAUGGAAGCCACUAGAUAAAUGUUUAUAUUUCGUUUUGAAUGAUACAUUACGCUCAACAGAUAGGCAACAAAAGCUUGAACCAUGGUAUUUGUUUAUGAGACUCUUCCUUAAUGCACUCUUUCGUCUUCCGUCGCUAGCUAAAACUGCGUACAGAGGUGUUAAACUAGAUCUUAGCAAGCGCUACAUCAGAGGACAAACAAUCGUCUGGUGGGGUUUCUCGUCUUGUACAACGGCUGUUAAUGUUUUGAAUUCGAAUCAAUUUUUGGGAGCAAAAGGUGAUCGCACAAUGUUUACUUUACAUUGUCUAUCGGCUAAAGAUAUACGUAAACAUUCGUAUUAUCCAGCUGAAGAUGAAGUACUUCUAAUGGCUGCUACUCAAUUCAAAGUAAUUGGUUGCCUCAAUCAAGAUAAUCUCCAUAUUAUCCAACUAGAAGAAACUAGCCCGCCAUUUUCACUCUUACAACCAGUACCAGUUGUUGUUUCACCACCAAUCAAUCCAACUCUCCCAAGUAAGUAA